UGCCGUGCUCCCCGGGUGGAGUGUGUCCGCUCCUUGUGUAGCUGUGUGGAGGUUUGGAGGUCAGAGGACUCUGCAGUAUCAGAGUGAUGUUUUAGAGACCGUGGUGUUGGUGAACCCGUCAGAGGAGACCGCUGCCUCACAGAUUCGCUCUCUGAUCACGGACUGUGCGGGACAUAAGCUGCUGAUUCUGAGCGGACAGAUCUCUGAACAGGGAGGUGACAUCCUACUGCGAGGCGGAGCGUUCACCUGGCAGCACUUCUCAGACAUUAUCUCAAACCCUGAAGUGAUUGAGCACCUGUCCAGAUCAUCUUCACAGCAGCUGUCAAGGCUUACUGUUUCCUGUCAGGGAGACGGGGGCUGGAGUUCCCUUGGCCAAAGCCAGGAGCAGCAGUCAAUCCAGAAUCUUCUGGAAUACCGCUUGAACCCUGAACCCCACCUCCCAGACAUGGACGGAGUCAAUGAGUUCAGCGAGUAUGUCUCAGAGACUGUGGACGUGCCGUCAUCCUUUGACCUCCUGGAGCCCCCGAACUCUGGAGGUUUUCUGAAGCUGUCCAAACCCUGUUGCUACAUCUUCCCUGGAGGCCGAGGAGACUCCGCUCUGUUCGCUGUGAAUGGAUUCAACAUCCUGGUGGAUGGAGGAUCUGACCGGAAGUCUUGCUUCUGGAAACUGGUUCGCCACCUGGACAGGAUCGACUCAGUUCUGCUCACCCAUAUUGGUGCAGACAAUCUCCCCGGCAUCAACGGGUUGUUUCAGAGAAAGAUUGCAGAGCAGGAGGAGGAACGUAACCAAGGAUCUGGUUCCAGCAGUAAUGGGGACUGGGUGAAGAACCUGAUUUCUCCUGAGCUUGGGAUCGUGUUUUUCAAUGUCCCAGAGAAACUGCGAAUGCCUGAGUCCACGCUGAAAGUGAAGAGAAGCAUCGAAGAAGCAUCUCUGACGUUACAGUACCUCAACAAGCUUGGAAUCACACCAGAGCCUCUGCACAGAGUGGUCAGCAACACCAUUGAACCCAUCACACUGUUCCACAAACUGGGCGUGGGGAAGUUAGACAUGUACGUGUUGAAUCCUGUGAAGGAGAGCAAGGAGAUGCAGUUUUUAAUGCAGAAAUGGGCUGGAAACAGCAAAGCCAAGACAGGGAUUACACUGCCCAAUGGAAAGGAAGGAGAAAUAUCCGUCCCAUAUUUGACAUCAGUCACUGCCCUCAUUGUUUGGAUCCCUCACCGUCCAACAGAAAAGAUAGUCAGGGUGCUCUUCCCUGGAAAUGCACCGCAGAAUAAAAUCUUCGAGGGCCUUGAGAAACUGAAACACCUCGACUUCCUGCGAUACCCUGUUGCCACUCAAAAAGACAUAUCAUCUGGCGCACCUCCCCCCAUCAUCAAACAGACUAAAAUGAGAUCAAGAACUGACAGCAAAGAGAGUCUGAAAUCUUCCCCUAAACCACACUCUAAAACAGCAAAGAAAGAAGCCAGUGGACAGGAGGAAGAGUCAAAGAGCAACAUCACUAAAGAGAACAAAGCAGACAAGAAGGAAGAGAAGAAACCCAAAAGUGAGAGUCUGAAGGCCACCAAACAACAGAAAAACAGUGAGGUGGCCCCAGCAGCAGACAAAAAGUCAGAGAAAAAGAAAAUAUCCAAAACUGCCAAAAAAGAGAAAGCAUCCAAGAUGGAUGAAAAGAAGGACAAAGAGAAAAAAGAAAUCAAGAAAGAGAAACGAGAGGUCAAGAAAGACGAAAAUAUACGAAAAGAAGAGAAAAAAGAAAGCAAAGCCAAGGAGGAUAAAAAGAAGGAUCCGAGCAAACCAGAGCUGAGAAAAAUAACCAAACCUGACCUGAAGCCACUCACUCCUGAAGUUAGAAAAACUCUGCAUAAGGCUAAGACUCAGGCCAAGCCUAAGACAGACAAAAAUAAAGCAGUGAAAGAGGCAGACAAUGUUAAAAAGCCAGUCCCAAAGAACAUCCCAGAGGAAGUGGCUGCGGCAGCUUUGGCUGACAGGUCCAUCGUGUCCUCCCCAGAGGACCUGACCGAGGACUUUGAGGCUCUGAAACAACAAGAGCAGUCUAAAGUAAAGAGUACGCCCAUCGAGAACGAUGUGAUCUCUGGACAUACUAAAAUUUCGUCCUUAAUUUUCCCUCAUGAAAAGGUCACACCUCAAUCCAUUGAAAUGAAACCUGCUUCCCCCAAAUCCCCUGACAAGAAGGAGGAAGACAAAGGCAAGGCGGCAUCAGGACAAAGUGCUGGAACUACAAGCUAUGGCUUUGACAAGAAGUAUGAAGAGGAGAAAAUGGAGAAAUAUGACAAAUACUCCCUCAAAGCUGACAUAAAAGACAGCUCAAAGAAGAGUGAAAGUUCAGAGGAAGAGGGCGAUGUCAUUGAAAAGGCUGAACUGGAAGGAACAGAAGAUGAGGAGGUCCUGAAAUAUAAAACAGACGAAGCCAAAAAGGACAAAAGUGGAAAGGAGUGGGAAAACAAGCCAAGUGAUGCUAAACUUUACUCAACUGCAGCCUUGUCCGGGAAAGUAGCUGCUUCAGCCUCUGAGCAGUUCUCCUUCAUACAAGAUGAGACCAUCCCGGGUUACUCUGAGACCGAACAGACCAUCUCAGAUGAGGAGAUCCACGAGGAAACAGAAGACAGGAUCCCACAGUUGCGCUACGACGUGGGCUCCUAUGAAGUCUCUAUCCCUGAUGUCCCCGGGACUUUUGACUCCAUGCAUGGUAUAAAGGAGAUGAAGGGCUCAGAUGUCAAACCCAAAGCCUUCAUGAGUGGUCAGGAGCCAGAGCUAGCCCCGUACCCUUCCAUCAUUUCUGCUCCUCUAGCAGAAGAGGAGCACAUCUCCUCCGCAACAUCCAUCACAGAGUACGACAAACUCUCAUCAUUUGCAACUUCUGUAGCUGAGGACCAGUCAAUAGCCUCAGUGACAGCGCCUCAGACCGAGGAUGCUGCCAGGAACUCUCUCCUGCUCGACACCACCAACAGUGUCCCCUCUCGACCAGAUGCCAUCCAUGGUAAGGACUAUCUGCACUCAGCAGGAACCAUCUCUCCAACCUCGUCUCUGGAGGACGACAAGUGCUUCAAGUCUCCUUCCUCUGAUGAGUACCAGCCCAAUAUCCCUGAGAUGGAGGCUGAUUCCAAGACCAAAUCAGUCCAUGAAGAGGAAGAUGAUGAGGAAGACGAGGAUGAGGACCAGACUCCAAAUGUUGACAUUCCUCUGGGAAAGCUCCAGGAGGGUUAUGAACAUGCAGCCUCCUUGAUGCUCCAGCAGAAGGAUAAAUCUCCCUCUGCUCCCUUCUCUUCUCAGACCCUCUUCCCCAUGCAGUCCUCUCCCUCACAGGCUGUCAAAGAAAACCAGGCUCUCUUCAGCACAGAGCAAUCUAAGAGUGCUGACACCAAGCCUGUUUCCCCCCCUCCAUCUUUAUCUUUGGGAUUAGAGCCUCACCCCAGGCAGGAGAGUGAGGAAAGAUGUCUGAGUCCAGACGACAGCACCAUGAGGAUGGCCUCACCUACACAGUCUGUGCCCACAAGCAGCGGCUACUCUCCGACAGAGGAAAAGAACUUCAGGACAGAAGAAAAGGAUGAGGCCAUGACCGAUGUUAAAGCUGAUGCCCUUAAAACAGUCACUGUCUCUGACAACACCUCCUUUAUUGCACUGCCAGGCGACAAAACAGAAACUGAAGCGUCAGAAGAAUCUGAAGAAGACCAAGAGGACGAGUGUUACGCUGAAAAAGAUCUAAAGCCUACUGUCAAGGCCAAACUUAUGGAGGCAAAAGAGGGAUGCUUCUUGGAUGAAGACUUCGCCUUUGAAGCAAAAUCUACAAAGAUAGAAACAGAAGUCAAGAGUUCAGACAAAACACAAGUUUCCUUCAGCACAGUAGAGAAACUAAAACCUCAAGUGAUGUAUUCAGACGAAGACGAAGAUGAAAAUGAAGAUGAUUUUCCAAUAGGGGUAGGGUCUAAGCCCUUAACAACUGAUGAAAGUGCGGACGAAACCGAUAUUGCUUUCAAAGAACCUGAGAAAAGUGUUCACUUCAGUCUCUAUGAUUUCCCUGAAAAGCAGGGUAAAGAAAAGGCUGCAUAUAUAAGACAAGACACGCCCUAUGUGCACGGCAAAACAUUCUCUUACAGUGACAUUUAUGACAGCAAAACAAGCUCAGUGGACUCUGAUUCAUAUUGGCAGGAGUCCUUGGAAAAGACAGAGAAGGACAAUGCAAAGAUUGAUGUGGAUCUUCAGAAACAAAAGUCCACUUCCCCAGUCACAACAACGGACAAGACGUCAGAGAAGGAAGGAUUAACAUCUCAUGGAAAAGAUUCUACUGCCUCAUGGCUUCAUUCCUCCUCCUCCUCCUCUACGCCUCCAUUUGAAAGGGAGGUGGAAGGAGAGGAGCCAUAUGAAUACAGCAUGGGAAGCCGGUUGCCUUCAGUGGCCACUUCUUUAUCAUCAGAAAAUGACUCAUUUAAAAGUCAGACUGACGGCACAAAGCCCCAAACGUCCUCCCCAAUGACAGAUGUAGACAAACCUGCUGCCACAGGCUACAGUGAGAAAGGAGCCUGCUUGGAGGUUGAUAUGCGAAAACUAACAGCAAGAGAUGAGGAGGACUAUGAUGAUGAUGUUGUUGAUGAAGAUGAUGAUGAGGAGGAGGAAGACGAAGAGGAGGAGGACGAGGAGGAAGAUGGUGCUGGUGAUUCUUACAUGGAAAAAGGCACCAAAGACAAAUCAGAGAAGGAAGUAAAAAGUCCAAUCAGUGAAAUGUGUGGCUCAAAUAGACCUGAAUUCAUGGUUUCCAUGGCUGGAUAUGGCUUUAACAGUCAGGGCAAGCCAAGUGUGACAGAAAGCAGUGCAAGCUCACUCCAAAAGGCUGAAGACAAGAACAAGGUGGACUCCUCACCCUUCAGUGAAAGGACCAUGGGAAUGGGGGCUACAGGAUUCUCAGGGUACGAGUACUCGUAUCAAAGUGGAAUUAAAGACUCGUCCUCAUCACAUCUGCCUGCCGAUAAAGGGAAAGAGGAUUUCACUGUGAAAUCAUCAGAGGACAGUUAUUACCAGAACGACAGAGCAGAUCCUGACUUUGACAAACGGAAGACACCGGACUUGCUGAGUAAGAAAUCUUUGGACACAAGCUUUCAGUACACAAGCACCGCAGGGCCAGGCUACUCCUCCUCUUCAGCCUACAGCUACUCCUCCUCCACCUCCGGCUCCCUCUCCACCAGCCGGCAGUUUGGGGAGGAGCUGGAAACGCCUGCAGAGCCGCUCUUUGAGUAUUCAUCCUUCAAAGAUGAGCACUCUCCGGUCAUCGAUUCUCCCUACUCGUGCUCUGCUGGCACUAAAGACGACUAUCUCGAAGUGUCAGAAAAACAGAUGACAGCUACAACCAAGGCUGAGUCCUCCUCUAGUUUACCCCGUUUCUCCCCCCUCAGCCCAUUCGAAGAGCCCAAAUCUGUACCCUCUCUCUCAUCCACUGCCUUUGCUGAGGACAAGAAAGAGCGUUCAUUAGGUGGAGUCACGGAUAAAGGCCCUCAGUUGGACUGCUUCUAUAAGCCUGAGUGGUCUGAAGGGUCCAAGCUGGACUCAGCUGUUGGGUUUGGGGCCUCAGCAGGACCUUUUGCUCCACCUGCAGAGUUCUCCAAGGACAAAGAGGCAGCCAGUGCAGCUCUAUUUGGAGUUACAUCCUCACCACGCCCAGAUAUAGAAGGCAAACAUUACUUUGAGGAGACGGAUAGCAGUGAAGAAGAGGAUGAGGAGGCCUUUAUGCGUGACAUGACUCGCAGGUCGCCUUCCAGCGGCCUUGCUGGUAAACUCUCAUUUUCUGAAAUGCCUGUUGGCCAAACCACCAGUGACAAAACAGGUGGAGCACUGCCCGAUGUUCUAGGCACCUACAUGCCCUCAGCCGUCCAGGCUGGCAAGCCAGACACUUCCAAUGGCCCCACAGAAGUCAUCUCAGGUUCCAGCCUUCCUGUUGGAGCUACAGCAAGUGGGGCAUCAGGCCCAGCCAAGGUGGAGCCCAGAGAGGGAGACGCAGGCUACAGGAGCUCCUAUGAGUGGGAGAUGACAAAGAGCCAGAUGGUGCCUGGAGACUCUCCUCCACAUUACCGUCAUGAUGAUGAGUUUGAAGAGGAGUGUGAGAUGGAGCCAGAGCACCCUGCCCGCCCACUCUCACUCUCCUCAUCCAAUCAGCCAUUUCGCUCUCCGUUCUACGCUGAGGAGUGCAGCCAAGGAGGGCAGGAUGAUGAUGAUGAUGAUGAUGAUGACGACAGUGAUCAGGAUGUUCCCGGUCAUGUGUCCCUGGGAGCCACCUCCUCUUACACCAGUCGUUCCUCUCCUGGAUACUCCUCCUCUGAGUGCAGACAGCGUAAAGAGGACCUCUCACCUUCCUUCAUCAACCCGUGCAUGCGGCAGUUAGCCAGUGAUGAAGAUGAUGAUGAGCAAGGGCAAAGAAGCGACCAGUCACAAGAUGGCGAUGAUCUCGAUCUGUCGGUUAAGAAAAGGUCUCACAAGCACCCUCAUGGACACCCGUCUCACAGCAGGGACAGCAGCUCUCUGCACCAAGCUGGAGGCAUGUCGGCAGGACUGGGACUGGCCACAGAGGACACACCGCCCACCUCCAUCAGCGAGUCUCUGGCCUCUCAGUCAGACUCUGAUGUGCCUCCGGGCACAGAAGAAUACCCCUCAGUCUCCGGGGAGGGGAACUUGGAAUCGGAUGAGGAUGCAGACUACAUGCCUGGGGAUAAAUUCUCUGCAGCCGGGGGAGGCAACCAUUAUUCCUCCAGGAGGAGCCAUGACCCUACACCUACCCCCCUCAUGGACCCCAACCCUCACCCUCCACGCCCGGAUGUUUGCAUGGUGGAUCCAGACUCCAUUGAUAACGGCUCUGUGAAGAAAGAGCCAAAAGCCAAGACCUUAAAGAAGACUUCUGCGAAAACCAAAUCAGCAUCCCCUGCCAGGCGCAAGAGGUCCCCAAUGCCGGUCAAACAAACAGCGUCUCCUCGCAGUGCCUCGCUAAAGAAGAAGGAUGUCGACAAGAGCUCUCGUAUGUCCCGUCUGUCGGAUGGACAGGGCUCCAAAGAGGAUGACCUCUCUCGGUCCAGCUACAACCUCAGCAAGGGGCUGACCAAUGGAGUAAAGAGCAAUUCAGGUUCUCAGAAGUCUGGCUCUGCGGCUGCCUCUGGCCUUCCGAUCUACGUGGACUUGGCCUACAUUCCCAACCACUGCAGCGCCAAGAACGUGGACCAGGAGUUUUUCAAACGUGUUCGCUCUGCAUACUAUGUGGUGAGCGGUAACGAUGCUGCGAGUGGUGAACCUAGCCGGGGUGUUCUCGAUGCGCUGCUGGACGGCAAAGCUCAGUGGGGAUCAAACCUGCAGGUGACUCUGAUCCCAACCCAUGACACCGAGGUGACCCGGGACUGGUACCAGCAGACUCACGAGAAGCAGCAGGAGCUGAACGUCAUGGUCCUGGCCUCCAGCAGCACCGUGGUCAUGCAGGACGAGUCUUUCCCCGCCUGCAAGAUUGAGUUCUAACAUCCUGAAGUAGAUGUGUUUAAGAAGGCUCUGAUGUGAUGCUCUGUGUCUGCCUCACACUCUGCUGGAACAGAACCAGAUCAGUCUUCAUUCAUUAGUCCGUUGUGACUUGCUCUGUUUGGUUUCAGGUGUUCUUUACUGUCAUCACUGCAUCAUUGUGACCCCGUCCUGUCAGCUUUUAUUUUGAAUCCCUGUAGUGACGUCUAUGAUUAUCUAUGAGGAGACAAACUGCCCGUUGUAUUAUAAAUAAAAACCUUAUAUAGGAAAAUAUAGGACCUGAUGGUUGGCUGCUUGACGUCUAAUUAGACUUAAUGGAAGCACAAGUUUUGUACCUUAAGGCAUCAAAGCAACAGAAAGAUUUCAGUGAUUCCCAAAUGUAAUUUCUUUAGCAUGUGAUCACAGGGGAUCACUAAUAAGACCAGUGUUCACUGACAGAACAUACUCAUGGUUCAGUGGUGACAUAGAGAGACAGAAGACGUUGUGAUAGAUCUUCAUUGAGUCUUCAUUAGUAAAUAUACAGAAAUAGAACCACGCCGUCAUCCGACCGUUCUUAAAGUACGACGUCAUGUUUUUAAAGCUUUUUUUUGUGUUUUCAUUUCACGUCUGGACGUAGAGGAGGGUGAGGAGCACUUCCUGUUUCUUUCAACUGAGACUAAAGUCACAUCAACAGAUCUUUAUAAAUGUAGAGGGAAAUAGUCGGACUCAUCCACUGGAACAUGAGGAACUUCAUCAGGAAUACGAAGAACAUGAGGAAGACGAGGAGUGAGGAAGACGAGGAGCGUGAGGAGCAUGUGUCCGUUCAGUCUGUUUGAAGGAGGAGAUUUUAGCAGACGGUCACAUGUGCCUUUGUGUCGCGCUGAGCUGCUUUGUCUGUGACUCAUCAACGGGACUUUGAACGCACCACCUCAGUAUUCAGGUUUCCAGUUCCUGCAGCUGCCACAUGAAGAAGCACAAACAGAAAGCCGUGCGCAAACCUCAGAGCUCUUUUUUAAUGUAUGAAGAUACAUGUUGACGUUCAGCCUGUGAAAUGUUGUUUCUUUGAUUUAUUACAGACGUUUGGGUUUGUAGAAGAGUCACUUCAUCGAUGCUUCUGUUCUUCCUCCAGCGGGACGUCAGUGGAUGUUUUUAACUCUCUUCUUACAGCGUGUGACGGACGGUUUGAUACUUUGAUAAGUUUUGUUUGUAACUUUUUAACCAGGAACAGAAACCGUCUGUCACAUGACCUUCGCCCUUCAUUUCAUUUUCUCUGAUUCCUCCUGAUGCAUGAACAGACGCAUGUUAGGAAAGAUGACGGCUUCUCGGGGAGCCGAGCGGCUCUAGUUUGAAUGUGAAGAUGCAGUUUACCUUUAUGUUCUCAGUGGAGGACUUAGAUCUCCUGGUUGCCUUGGUUACUGUGCAUCAUACGGGCACAUGGACAGGAAGUAAAUCACUGCUGUGUGCGGGAUGAACCUGCAGUAGUUCCUCCAACAGAUUAACUUUGACAGAUGUCUUUUUUUUUGACGGCUGAUUAAAGUGUCAGAAUUCAUCGGACUCACACGGCGGCCAUUUUCCUCUGAUGUCACGCUCAUGUUCUGGUUCCACAAAAAAAAAAUCGUCCAAUCAUGUUUGAGCAGCUGUGGCUGUUUUCAGGCUGAAAGCGAGCAGGAAGAGAGCAAAGAGAAAUAACCAGAAGACACAACCAAUCAGAGAACAGCUGACUGAUUCAAACAUCUGAUUGGACAACAAUCAAAGAGGAAGCAGAGUCAGGUUUAAAGGCGGUUUCAGACAGGUGUGUAGGAGAGGUAUUCAUUGGACAAACAUGGCAGAUAAACUCACACACGGUUACACAAAAACAUUGGCACCGUUUAGAUAAAUAUCAAACGGGAGAAACGGGAGAUUUCCUACAUUAAUACAGACCUUCAACACAGCAGGGAGCUGGAGCGUCAGAGUGAUGUCAGAGGGGAAUGACCUCACAGUUUGUGUGACAAACAUUGAGGAGGAAUGACAAGCUCUGCCCAAUCUGAGAAAAAUCCAGUCUCAAUUUCUCUGAUGGGUUUAACGGUGACAUCACUUCCUGUUAACCCAGUCAGCCAAUGACGGUUGACGUGUACUCUGCAUUCCUGUUUAAUACUGCUUCAGUGUAAAGGCUCAUUAUGAACAAAUCAGAAGCACUCAUCACUCAGACUCAAACUGCCAGACACAUUUGAAUCUUGUACUUUUUCUUACAUAGAAAACCUGCUGCCUUUAUAUCCCAAUCACCAAAAGAGAUCGGAGGCACUCAUCAAACAGACAGUUGGUUAUAGUGAGCCCUGCUUGUACGUGCAUGUGUAUCGUAAUAGCUGCAUACAUAACAUAGAAAUGCUAUAAUAAAUAAAGAUGUAUAUUUAAGAAGCUGAAGGAGGAACAUGUGAGCUGCUGUAUAGAACGCUGCGUGAUCAUUUCUUCCUCUUUCUGCUUCAGGCUUCUUUCAUCUCUUGUAUUAAGUGCAAUACUCCCUCUCUUUGAAGGCUUCAGAGGUCAAAUAUAAGUCAAAUAACAGAUCUAUUGUUCAAAAGGGAAUAAGUGACCAAUAAAAUCAUCAUUUACUGAC